UCCUCUUGCAAGACUGCUCGGCAAACGGAAAAGAUACACAACGUGAUAAGUGCGCAGAAAAGUACUUGCAUUUGUAAUUGGGGAAAGCUUUUCUGCAUCGUUUCGAGUGGGGCACAUGGAAAAAAGUCUAUUCUUCUUGUUCAUCUACAAGGCAAUUACCUCGGCAAGGGCAAAUUUUUCACACCAUCAGCAACGUUUCUUUGCCGUCUCGAACAGUAACGGUAGCACCGAGGAACCAACCUGCGAACGAUUUUUUCAAGUAAUCGUUCUUAUAUUUUCACCCUUCAGUAGGUGUACUUCCUUUUUGGAAAUCAGGAAACCAGGACAGUCCGAACGAUUUAAAAUUUAAUUUCACUCAAUGUUGAAAACCAGUAGCCCGCAUUCAGUGCAGAAAUGUAAAUUGAAAUCAGAUGAAAAAUAGUAUUAUCCAAUUAAUGUGCAAAAUGAUACCUCUCAAUGGUAAAUUGAACCAUUUGAUUCAGUUUAUAAACAGCAUCGGCUCAACCUUCGACUCAAAUCAACUGUAGACCAUUCGUGGUUUCUGAGCUUACUGGCUUCGAAAUGUUUAUUACUCGAGUGUGGAUUUUACUACUUUGCUACCCGCUAGUGUUUUUCCCAACCAACGCGGCAUCCACUGAACUGCUUAGCGAUUUAAUGUUGUUUCUUAAAGUGCCAGUGAAGUUAGCUCUUUUCGUGUGCUGGGACGAAGAUAAAAGCUUCAAAUUUCUCCGAAAAAUGCUUCAAGCGUCCCAAGUUCACUUCGUUCAACUGAAGAGUGUCGCGGUGGAAAAUAUUGCGAUUUUAGACACACCAGAGCCGCAUCAACAUCUGGCCGUUAUCGAUAUAAGCUGCCCGGGAAGUGACAAGUUUUUGGCCGAAGCACAGUAUAGAAUUUAUAACAAAAUUAGGUGGGUCCUUUGGAACGAAAAUGGCUACGAGAAAAAAACCAACGGAGGGGAUGAGCAAGAGGAUGUCAUAUUCCGAUCAGUAGCAGGAUUGCCGGUGACAGGACUUAGUGAAGUGUAUUAUUUUUCUGUGGAAAGGGGGGAAACAGUCAUAAAAGAUGUCUACAGAAGAUCGGUCAUGAUGAACUUGAAUAGCAGCGUGGUUGGAGUUUGGCGAAACGGAAUAAUCGAGGACAAACGUUGGACGCAGUCAGUUGUAAUGAGAAGGCGAAAUCUGCAAAUGUUACCCAUAAAAACCAGUCUCGUUUACACAACUAACUAUACGUUAAGUCAUUUUGGAGACUUUGAGAACAACGAAGUCGAUUCAAUACCUAGAACAGCAUAUUUAUUACUUGACACUUUAUUCACUUACUAUCUGAAUGCAACAAUGGAAAAACGAUUUGUAACAACUUGGGGUUACCCGGAUCACACUACCGGUGUAUGGAAUGGAAUGUCCGGUGAUUUGAUCUAUCGUCAUUCCGAAGCCGCAGGGUCAAUGAUGCUCAUCACGCAGAAUCGCCUGUUGAAGAUUGACUAUUUGAAAAUGCCAAUUCCAUUGAGAAUAAAAUUUAUCUUCAAGGCACCUAACCUUUCGGAAACGAGUAACAUCUUUCAGAUGCCAUUCGAUUUCAGUGUUUGGAUGUGUACGCUAGCGCUGGUUGCUAUAACAGCGACAGUCUUUGCUGUGGUUCAUGGAGUACUUAUGCUUAGAAGAAAAAACUCGAUCAGAAAUCGAUACUUAGAAAUGCUGAAUGCAGCGUACGACAUAAUCCCAGUAGCAACGCAACAGGGUUCUCUACUAGAGCCCAAAUCUUCAGCCCAAAAAAUAAUGAUUUUUGUUAGUCUGGCAGGACUGAUGUUUAUUGAAGUUAGCUUCUCGGCAAAGAUAAUUUCCCUAAUUCAGGCACCAUCCGAGCGAAUCAAUUCAUUACGGGAUCUUGUGGAAUCACGCCUCGAGCUUGGAACAGAUGGACAGCCCUACAACCGGUUCUACUUUUCAAAAGCCACCGACCCUGUCGGAAUAAAACUAUACAAACGGAUCACAAACCAAAAUGCUGAUACCCUGAAUGCGUACGACACAGAACAGGGCGUUCGAAAGUUACAAACAGAAUUAUUCGCAUAUCAUGGCUUUACCUCAACAUUGUACCAACAGAUCAGCAGAACAUUCAACGAUGUGGAAAAGUGCUACCUGAGAGAGCUGACAUUUUUCGACAGCGGCAUCGGCUAUUUUUCCGUACAGCAAAACUUCACGCUACGUGAACAUUUCCACAUUGGCCUGAUGAAAAUGCUGGAAGCAGGUGUAGCUACCAGGCUGGUAAGGAGGAUGCUAAACGAGAAACCAGGUUGCACCAAGGGAGUAAUGUUUCGGCCACUCGAUUUGGUUGAUACACGAUUUGCGAUGGAAAUUGCCGCCUUCGGAAUUCUGGGGGCCGUCUGUUUGCUGCUUGCUGAAAUUGUGCUCAGUAAGUAUACGCUUUGGAAAACACCUGUGCAAAACUAUACGGAGUAGGUUGUGAUAAGAAUUAUCAACUUACUGUAGAUAACAAUAAAACUAGAAGAGAUAAUCUUGUACUUUAGAAAAAUACCAAACAUAGAGCAAAUCGAAAACUCAGCUA